AAGAAGAUUUAAAAUCCAAGACAGCAACAAAAAUACGACAUGAAAGGGAAGAUUUCGAAAGAAGUGCAGGUACCAGUUCCGGCAUCGGAUCUUUGGGCCGUUUACGGUACCCUAGAACUCAUAAGACUUAUCAAGGAAUUACUCCCUGAAAUUCUUCGUGAUUUUGAAAUUGUCGUUGGCGACGGAGGUGUUGGUACAGUGCUAAAACUCACCUUUCCACCAGAGUCUCCUGUAACAGACUACAGCGAGAAAUUCACGAAGGUUGAUAAUGAAAAACGUAUCAAAGUGACAGAGGUGGUUGAAGGAGGAUAUUUGGAGGUAGGGUUUAGCUUAUAUCGAGUUACGUACGAAAUCACCGAGAAAAGUGAACAUUCAUCCGUGAUCAUAACUAUUGAAUAUGAACUUGAUGAUGCCUUUGCGGACAAUGCUUCCCUGGUUUCCAUUAAGCCAUUAGAAGUUAUAGCAAAAACAAUUGGGAAGUAUCUUAAGGAGAAAAAGGCUGAUCAUGCAAAUGUUUGAAAUUGAUAAUUUAUUUAUCUGGUUUAUUCAAUUGAUGUAGUUCCAACUUACAGGAUCUCCAACCGUGUUUAUAUAUAUGUAUGUAUCCCAUAAAUAAAAAUAAAUUUGAUUACACCCA